CAAUUGACAUUCAUGAGUAAAUCGUAGAUGGCCAUAGCUUGAUUACAUUAACUUCGAUAAGUUUUAAUCUGAAAUUUUGUUUUUCUUCUCUUAACAUUGAUUUUUUCUUCUACUGUAAGUUGUAUAUGAAAUAUUGUCAUUAUGUCAAGGGAAUUCGGUUUUAAUAAUGAUGAUUCUCCAAAUAAAACUAAUUCGCAUCUACAACUUCCUAGCCCGAUAAUCACCCGUAGAAAUCGUACAGCAUCCACAUCUGAAAGAGCUUUAGGAAACCCUGUAGAGACUGGUAAAAUUAAAUCAUUCUGUAGAGCGAAAGGUCAUGGAUUUGUAACUCCAUUAAGAGGCGGCGAAGAUCUUUUUGUGCACAUCUCUGACAUCGAAGGUGAGUAUGUCCCUCUGCCAGGAGACGAGGUUAUGUACCGACUCUGUCCAAUUCCACCCAAGUUUGAGAAGAAUCAAGCCGUCCAUGUGAGGAUUGUGCAUCUGACCCCUGAAAAGCAUCUUAAAUGGGAUGAGCCCCCAUGUAAUUGAACAAUCUCAUUGAAAUACAGUUACCAUAAUCAUUUGCAACAAUCCAUGUAUUCUUAUAUAAGCUCUUUUAGAUCUAAGUUUGUCUUACACCAGAGAACUAAGUUCUUAUCUCAACAAUAGGUAAUUAAGGUCAUAUUUAUAGUAUUGUCAAUGUGUUAUUUGCAUUUUACAUCAGUAUUUAUAUAGGAUGGAUAUGUGGUGCUAAAUUUUUGAAGGUUUUACCAUCACUAAGAUUUUGAUAAUGAAUGUGUAUUGGACAAAAGUUCUGCUUGUCACAUCUUUGUUUUAUGCAGUAAAUAUGAUCACAUUAUUGCAUGUUGUAAACAUGUUUAUGGUUUCUAUGGCCUAAUUAGUUUGAAUUGUAGAAAAUUAAUUUUAUUCACUAUUUUCGCACAAAUGUACAAAAAAAGUACUUAAUACUACUUAAAAUAUGCCCCAAAAUAUUUUUGAUGAUAAACAUUUACUGAUAACACUGGUAAAUUGCAUUUAAGCUGCUUUUCAUGUCUUAUAGUAAUAUUUUUGUAUUUAUGAAUUAUUGUAAUCAUUCCGUAUGAUUGGAUUUUAUGUUGCCAUGCUUUGUAUUUACAAUGUUAUUUUUAGUUGAUAAUGAUGUGUUUGAAAUAUACAUACCUAAGUAAGCAUA